AUGAAGCUGCUCCUGCUGGGGCUGAGCCUCCUCCUGUGCCUCGGAGCCGGCAGGGAAUUUAAUUCCCCGCCCGGCUUUUCCCAAAGUUUAUCCCGUUUUCCCUCCUCUGCUGCAGCCGAGGCUCUCCGGUGCCACCUCUGCAAGUACAAGAUCCCCUUGGUGGGCUGCCUGCGGGGCGCCAACGUGACGAGCUGCGAGCGCCGGGAGAAGUGUGCCCUGAUCAAAACCUCCCUGGGUAAGAUGACCCUUUACUACCAGCAGGGCUGCACCUCCGCCCUCAACUGCGGCCGGGAGCGGGCGUCGGACGCCGAGUCCCGCCUGAGCUCCCGCUACUCCUGCUGCGAGACCGACCUGUGCAACGAGGAGUGGGGCCCGGAGCCCACGGACUGA